CCACCACCACCACCUUUGUUUUUUAUAUGUUCCUCGAAAUCACAGCAAGGAAAAGAGUCUCUUUCUCGUGGUUUCUGGCUAAACAAACACCGUCAAGCUCAGACCCAUCUGGGAUUUUUGGGGUUUCUUGAUCUGUGAGGAAAAAGGUUUGCUUUUCUCGUUGUGGGUGAUGGCCAUUCAGGCGCAGUUGUAUUCAGAAAAUCUUGGGUUUUCUCUGGGCGGCUCACAGGAAUGGGUUGAUAAUGGUUGCGUUGGGUUUAAUGGCUCUUGCUUCAAUCUUCAGCAGCAUCAACAGCAGUACAUGCAACAGUUGCAGAGCCAGCAGGAGCAGAUUCAGAGCCAGAGAAAUUAUCAGAACUUCUUCCUUGACAACAGUUUGAUGGGUUCCACAUUGAAGAACAGCCCAAAUUAUGGAUCUUCUCAAAGCUUAGCCACCCAGUUUGACAACCAGAGACAGGAGAUUGAUCAGUUCAUCACGAUGCAGAGUGAGAGAUUGAGAUUGGUUUUACAAGAGCAGAGGAAGCAGCAACUGGCUGCUCUGAUGCGGAAAGUGGAAUCAAAGGCAUUGGCUCUCUUGAGGCAGAAGGAUGAGGAGAUAGCGAAAGCUACCAAUAGAGCAAUGGAGCUUGAAGAUUUCCUGAGAAAAUUGGAGAUGGAGAACCAGGCCUGGCAGAGGGUGGCCAAGGAGAACGAAGCCAAAGUGAUGUCUCUGAACCACACAAUCGAACAGAUCAAAGAAAAGGCUUGUGGGAUCUUUUCCGAAGACGCAGAGUCUUGCUGCGACGACAACAUGGGAAACAGGGAAGAAGGAACAGGGGAAAACAGAAGAGGAGGAGGAGGAGAGGGAGAAGAAGAUGAAGAAGACAGUACAUCAAACAUGGUUUGCAGAGGCUGUAAUUCUCGAAAUUCGUGCGUCCUGUUGCUUCCCUGUCGGCACUUCUGUUCAUGCAAAGCUUGUGAAGGCUUUUUCGAUCAUUGCCCAGUUUGUCAAACGGAAAAGAAAGGGUGGAUUGAGGCCAGAAUUUUCUAGGAAAACAUUCCCGGAAAAAAAAAACAGAAAAAGGAACAGUCGCUGAGAAAACGAUGGAAAAUGAUGGAAGGAAGGUCCUGGCUUUGAGACAAUGGUGGUUGACAACACAAUCUCAUUUCAGAAAAUUUCAUUUUAAAUUUAAUUUUUGUUUUUUCUUUCUUGUAAUUUCCUCUUGUUGGGUCUUUGUUUUGAGAUUUAAUGUGUAUUUUAAACUACCCCAAAUCAAAUGAACAGAAUUACAGGACAGAGCAUCUUUUCCCUUCA